CGGGAUACCUGCAGCUAUGGGGCGCCUGGUGUGGAGUUCACAGGUCUGCACAAUGACACCACUGCUGUCACACAAAUCCACUUCCUGCCUGGACAGGGUCGUCUGCUGUCACUGUUGGAUGACAACACAAUCCACCUGUGGGAGCUGGUGGCCGGACCCCUGAGAGAGGUCGGUGGGGUUAAGAAAGAGGGCGUGGUUUCUCUACAGGAAGUGAACACCUACAAUCUGCCCGGCAGACCUGGCAUCGAGAGCUGCAGUGCCACUCGGGUGACUGUCCUCCUCUUGCUGAAGUCAUGUGACCUCCUCUGCGUUGGAACAGAGGGAGGAGGCGUCUACUUCCUAGAGGUGCCCAGCCUCUCGCUGAAAGAUAACCAGACACUGCUCCAGGAUCAGAUCACACACAGUCUGCCAGAUGACUACAGAUGUGGGAAAUCUCUGGGGCCGGUGGAAGCUCUUCAGGAACACCCUCAACAGUCAGGGAAGAUUCUGAUUGGCUACAGCCGAGGCCUGGUGGUCCUGUGGGAUCUGAGCAUUCGUCACGCUGAGCAGCUCUUCCUGGGCAAACAGCAACUGGAGAGUCUGGUAUGGGAACGCUCUGGAAACUUAUUUGUCUGUUCCCAUAACGAUGGAGGCUAUUCAGUUUGGGCUGUUACCAGUGGCAGCACCUGCAAUCACCAGCCAGUGUCCUCCACUAUCCCCUACGGUCCAUUUCCCUGUAAAGCCAUCAGCAAAAUCCUGUGGAGGACAACACAAGCAGGUUCUCCAGUGCUUUUAUACAGUGGAGGGAUGCCCAGAGCCAGUUAUGGUGACCGCCACUGUCUAACGAUCCAACAGGACAAAGAUCACGUCACCCUCGACUUCACAUCUCGAGUGAUUGAUUUCUUCACCGUCCACAGUGUGGAGCAAGAGAGAGAGUUUGAUGAGCCAUCUGCUUUAGUGGUGUUACUAGAAGAAGAACUGGUUGUAAUUGACCUCCAGACCCCCGGAUGGCCCUCUAUGCCCACUCCCUAUCUUGCUCCUCUUCACUCGUCAGCCAUCACCUGCUCCUGCCACAUCUCCAGCGUCCCUCCUAAACUCUGGGAGAGGCUGGUCAAUGCUGGCAAAGCACAGCAAAGCCGGCAGCACACACACAGGAGCUGGCCGAUAUGUGGGGGGAAAAAUCUGGCACCUCCACCUAAACAACAAGAACUGCUAUUGACAGGCCAUGAGGAUGGCACGGUGCGAUUCUGGGAUGCUUCGGGUGUCGCCCUCACUCCGCUGUACAAACUCAGCACAGCCAACGUCUUCCACACCGACUGCGACCCUAGCGAUGACCCGCAGGACCCCAGCAACGACCCCGAUAUGCAGCAAGAGGAGGAAGAAUGGCCUCCGUUCAGGAAGGUGAGAAGCAAUGAGGCUUUUCACGAAAGGAGGUGAAAUGGACAUAAAUAU